AUGGGCUUCGGGCUGGCGCUCGGCUGCCCCGAGGGCCACAGCGCCCUGCUGCAGCUGCAGGAGUCGGAGGUGCGCCUGCUGGAGGGGCUGCGCAAGUGGAUGGGGCAGCGGGCCAAGAGCGACCGGGAGUACGCGGCGCUGCUGCACCAGAUGCACAGCCUAGCCGGCAAGCAGGAAAGCAGCCGGCAGUCCCGACUCGGCGGCCAGAUCGGUCAGUGUUGGUGGUCCGUGGUGACCCAGACCGAGGCGCUGAGCCAAGCUCUAGAACGCCACGCGGAAGCCCUGCUGGCUGGACCCCUGAACACCCUGGCCCUGCUUAUCCAAGACAAGCAGCAACUGCACCGUUGUUAUAGUGAACAGUGGCAACAAAUGAACCAGGAUUUCAUCCGGACCACCCAACAAGAACCCGAGCGCCUGAGAGCCCAGUACCGCAGCCACAUCCGUGAAUGUGCACAGGCAAAGCGCAAAUACCAGGAGGCCAGCAAAGGUGCGUCCUUUGCCAGGGGCAGAAUAGGAGCAAAGCCUUUCUCACCCCCCAUCCUGCUUUCUGUCAACAGCCAAAUAUAUGUCUCCAAAGGAGCCCUAGUCUUGACAUCUCUUGGGACAGAGACUGUGCCAGAUGGUAGGAGCGUUUGUCAAUGA